UACCGGGAGCGCGGCUGCUUCGUCUGCCACCAGGCCGUCCGCAUGCUGGAAGGGGUUCGGCAGGCGCAGUGGCUGACCAAGACGAAGCUGGUGGAGGGUCUGCCCGCCGCGGUGCGCGGCAUCGUUGACAGCCCGGCGUGCCAGCUGGAGGACCUCGAGGAGAGGGUGAUGGGCGCGGUGUGGCGCGCCCGGAUCUGGGACACGACGGAAGUCGCUCCCAGGAGAGAACGCUAUUGCCCUGUACUGCUUGAAGACUUGAUACAUUUGUGUCGGUUAAUGUGUGUGAAGUAUCCUUCUCUGACUAAAAGAAUGUUGGCCAGAAACUACAGGAUAGCAGCUACGUGGGAAAGAGAAUCCAUUCUCCUUCAGGUCCGUGGCCUGAAUGGAAUACUUGUGAACUCUAUGACCCCAAUACCACCAGUAGCCUCCAAGGAGGAGAUACUGGCCACCGAAGACCAUGUUCUGGAGACUUUCUAUCCCAUCUCUCCUACGAUUGAUCUUCAGGAAGUGAAUGUGUACAAAGAGCUCAACGACACGGGUUUUAAAGAUGGUUACCCUUACUCUCAUCCUCACACUCUGUUCUUUCUGGAAUCGGCCAACAUCCGUCCGCAGAGGUUCAGACCAGAACAGCUUCGUGCUAAAAUGCUGAUGUUUGCUUUCGGCAACGCGCUGGCGAAGGCGAAGGCGCUGUACGGGAAUGAUCCCAAGGUUUUGGAGCAGCCAAUAGUGGUGCAAAGCAUUGGCACGGAUGGCCAGCUCUUCCAGUUCAUGGUGUUCCAGCUAAACACAACAGACCUUGUCUCCAAUGAUGGCGUAAAAAAUCUAGUGUGGAUUGACUCUGAUCACAACCUGUAUGAAAAAGCCCAAUAUGUUCCAGAAGUGAAGAAGAGAGUUGUUACGAAGCCCGUCGGAAUAUAUGGCUUUCAGCCAGACACAUUCAAGAAGUUUCUGGCACUGUAUCUGCAUGGAGCUGUGUGAAAUUCAGCUCAAAUCAAAAUACUUCACCAACUGUACCUGCUGCUUCUCUUUGCCAGAACCAGCAUAUAAUUAAAGAAAGGUGGAUUAAUUUACUUUCAAAAAUAAAUUAUAUAGUUACUGAAAGUAAAAUAUUUUUUUUUAAACUAA